GGGUCUCGCCUUUUUCUCCUUCCGCACUGUCUGGGUUUCCGCUUCCCUCCCGGGCGCGGGGUGAGGGAGCGGGACCGCGCCUCGGUCCCGGCCGCCGCCGCCAUGUGGCCCCCAGACCAGGAACCCGACCCGGACCCCGACCCGGCCCCGGCGCGCGCCGGACGCUCCCCCCCGGGCGCGGCGAUGCCCGGGCUCCGCGCCCUCCUGCCGGCGCGCGCCUACCUCUGCUCGCUCAAAGGCCGCCUCCUGCUGGCAGAGUCGGGUCUGUCGUUCAUCACCUUUGUCUGCUAUGUGGCAUCCUCUGCAUCCGCCUUCCUCGCGGCACCCCUGCUGGAGUUCCUGCUGGCCCUCUACUUCCUCUUUGCUGAUGCCAUGCAGCUGAAUGACAAGUGGCAGGGAUUGUGCUGGCCCAUGAUGGACUUCCUGCGCUGCGUCACAGCAGCCCUCAUCUACUUCGCCAUCUCCAUCACAGCUGUUGCCAAGUACUCGGACGGGGCUUCCAAAGCAGCUGGGGUGUUUGGCUUCUUUGCCACCAUCGUGUUUGCAAUUGACUUCUAUCUGAUCUUUAAUGAUGUGGCCAAAUUUCUCAAACAAGGGGACUCCGCAGACGAGAACACAGCUGACAAGGCAGAAGAAGAGAAUUCCGACUCUGACUCUGACUGAAGGCCUACCCUGCCCUGGCAACCCGAGCCUCAUGGGCCUUGACUGCUGCACCUUCUGACCAGGAGAGCCGGGACGUGGUCAGGGGACCGUGUGUGUUGGGAGAGAGGCUGUGACCUCAGCAGCAGUGGGAGUUGCUGAGGGAGCCAGCCUCCUCACAGCCCCAAGGUGACGUUCCCAAGCCCAGCAUACAAAUCGGCACCCCUUGGCUUAGCCCAGUCCAACCGCCCCAUACACAGGGGCUUCGUGAAUAUUCUGCCACUUCUCAUUUCUGCCCCGCAGACCUUAAGCCUUGUAACCUCCCUGCCAAAAAUCAGCACAAGGGGACAGAGCUGAUGGAGCCUUGUUACGGGAGGCAUCUCAUGCUGCAAAGCUGGCGGGGGGGGGGGGGGGCAGGUAGAUGUAGGGCAGAAACCACCACAAGGCCAACCUGCUGGGCCCCAGGGGGGUUUGUCUGCAUUUGCUCACAACAGGCACUUUGUGGAGAAUAAUCCUUCUAAGAUUCUUUUGUUCAAGGAGUA